ACUCCCAGCGUCGUUCUUCGGCGGCGGCGACAGUUUGGGGUGUGGGGGUAUACCGGACGAUGGCGGUGACGCUGCCUGUCGACGAUGAUGUCCCUUUAAUCUUGACAGACGACAGCACGGGGAUCAGUGCCGACCCAGACAGAGAGGAAAUCCCCAACGAAAAUGGAGGAGGAUAUGACAUUAUCAAUACUGAAGUGAUUGCAACACCAGAUGUUCGAGAGUACAGAGUGAGCUAUGGUUCUUUGAAACAAAUCUGGGAGAUGAAUUAUCAGGAAGCUGCAAUCUACUUACAGGAGGGAGAAAAUAAUGACAAGUUCUUCACACAUCCAAAAGAUCAAAAAGCCCUUGCAGCCUACCUCUUUGUGCACAAUCACAUAUUCUAUGUGAUGGAGCUGAUUUCUGGAGUGCUGUUGCUGAUACUCUCCUUAUGUGAAGCUCCAGCUGUUCCCUCGCUCCGUCUCGACAUUUAUGUGCAUGCCACACUGGAGUUGUUCGCACUUGUCACAGUGGUGUUUGAACUUGGUAUGAAGAUGAGGUGGUUGGGCUUUCAAACCUUUAUUAGACACAAAAGAACAAUGUUGAAAAGUGCAGUUUUGUUUGUCCAGUUUAUAGAAGUUAUUGUGGUAUUAAUCAGGCAAACCUCACACGUCCGGGUAACUCGAGCGUUGCGGCCAAUCUUUCUGGUAGACUGCAGAUAUUGUGGAGCAGUGAGAAGAAAUUUGCGUCAGAUUUUCCAGUCUCUCCCUCCUUUUAUUGACAUUUUAUCGUUACUACUUUUCUUCAUGGUCAUUUUUGCCAUCCUGGGAUUUUAUUUGUUUUCUGCCAAUCCAUUGGACCCAUAUUUUAGCACUCCGGAAGACAGUCUUGUCAGUUUGUUCGUUCUCCUAACUACAGCUAAUUUUCCAGAUGUGAUGAUGCCAGCUUAUUCCAAAAAUCGUUGGUCCUGUGUAUUCUUCAUUGUGUAUUUAUCCAUUGAGCUCUACUUCAUCAUGAAUCUGCUUCUUGCCGUGGUGUUUGACACAUUUAAUGAUGUUGAAAAGAAGAAGUUUAAAUCACUGCUUUUACACAAACGAUUAGCAAUAGAACAUGCCUUCCGCCUUCUGGUCAGUAAAAGGAGGCCUAAUGGUAUUUCCUUCAAACAGUUUGACGGCUUAAUGAGGUUCUACUCUCCAAGAAUGAAUGCAAGAAAUAAAUAUCUCGUCUUCAAAGCACUGAAGAAAGGCAAUGCAGAGUUUCUUGGAAUAGAAGAUUUUUACAACUUCUAUGAAGUUGCUGGAUUAAAAUGGAAAGCAAAAAGAAGUGGAGACUAUUGGUUUUAUGAUCUUCCACACACUCCAUUUCUUAUAUUUAAAGGAAUUAAUAUCCUUGUGAAGUCCAAAGCAUUCCAGUAUGCCAUGUAUAUUGUUAUUGCUGUAAAUGGAAUUUGGAUACUGGCUGACACGCUCAUGAUCAAAGAUGGUGCCUUUUUCCUCCGGAUUGUACCCUGGAGUUACAUUGUAUUUCUCACAAUUUACGGGGUAGAAAUGUUAUUGAAAAUCACUGGGCUGGGACCAUCUGAAUACUUCACAUCUGGCUGGAAUCUGUUUGAUUUCUUGGUCACCGUAUUUGCAUUUGUUGGAAUUGUGGUCUUAGCUUUUGAUAUGGAGCCAUUCUAUUUCAUAGUCAUCUUGAGGCCACUUCAGCUGCUAAGAUUGUUUAAGAUUAAACGGAGAUACAGAGAUGUUCUGGACACAAUGUUUGAAUUACUUCCCAGAAUGGCAAGCUUAGGGUUGACACUCAUGAUUUUCUACUACUCGUUUGCAAUUGUGGGAAUGGAGUUUUUUGGUGAUGUUCUCUAUCCUAACUGCUGCAAUAAUAGCAUGGUAGCAGAUUUCUAUCGCUGGGAAAAUCGGACCAUUGGUGUCAGAACUGUGAUACAGGGAUACUACUCUCUCAAUAACUUCAAUAACAUCCUUAACAGUUUUGUAACAUUGUUUGAGUUGACUGUUGUAAACAAUUGGUAUAUAACUAUGGAAGGUGUGGUAUCUCAGACUACAAGCUGGAGUCGCAUUUACUUUAUGACUUUCUAUAUUGUAACUAUGGUUGUACUGACUAUUAUUGUUGCCUUUAUUUUGGAUGCAUUUCUGUUCCGCAUGAACUACAGUAGAAAAAGUAAAGAUGAGGGAGAUGAGAAUGGAAUUGUUUUUGAGACUGAGGUAGACAAAGAUGAAAUUGAUAGACUUCUUGAGUUUAACAAACAGAAUGGUUCUCCAUCUUCUGAGAUCUCUGGACUUUUCAAAUUGUCAUCCAGAAUGGCGAGCAAUGAUCAGAUUAAAAUGGUUUUCAUUGGCAGAAGAUUAAGAACUAAAAGUGAUCUAAGCAUUAAAAUGUAUGAAGAGGAAAUUCAGGAAUGGUUUGCAGAGCAUGCCCGGGUAAACCGAAUACAGCAUGAUCAACCACUUGAAUGUAUCUUGAACUCAAGCACUCACCUGCCUUCUACAGAACUGCGACAGCGAUCACAGACUGUAACUUAGGAAUAUAACAUACAAAUCCACUAUGCAAUAAUUAUUCAGUGUUCCUAUAUAUUUUGUGAUUUGCACAUAUGCACUUGGAGAUGUUUCGCCAGUUAAGAACUACUGUGUUGGCAGAAUCCUGGCAAGGGCUAGAACAGUGAAAGAUAGUGCCCAUUUUAUUGAGACAUUUUAUGAUAACUUUUAUCUGUGAUAAGUUAUCUGUAACAUAGUAAGUCUUCUAAUUGUAUUUGUAAAAUAUGUCAGCAUUAUUUUAGAUUUAUUUCAUUCUUAGCUUUUUUACAGCACUUUCAUUUGAUACCUGGCUCGCACAAGUGCUGUCUGGAUAGCUACUGUCCAAACUUUAAUAUAAUAUCUAUCCAUUCGGCACUUUAAUUAUUUGUAGUAAAUCAGUUCUCAUUGUUUGAGUCUAUUCAUAAAAUGUAAUGUUCUUGUAAGAAGCACCGUCUCCUGCUUGACAAAAUCCUGUUCCCAAGGUUAUUUCUAUUUGUAAGCCAUAGUGUUAAAUGCAGGGAGACAAGUGAAAGUAUUAAUGGAACAUUAGCAUGGUAAUGUAAUGAUUUCAGAUAGAGUCACCGAUACACUUGGGAAAUUAGACUAAAAAUUCAAUUCCUGCUGUUUUCCACUGGAAACUUAAUGGUCUUGAUACUAAGUUUACUUUUAACUACUGCAUGCAUCUCCUGGCUUAGGGUGCGUAUAUGUUAUUUAAAAUGCGUCCUCAAAUUAUGAUGCUUCUCUGAUUGGAGUAGGCCAUGUUAUUUGCUGAAUUCUGAGCAGUACCAAACUUAAUAUUUGUUUCUUCUUCAGAGAGGCUUGAUAUCAGAUCGGGCUGAGGCAUGGUGACCCUCAGGUUAAACCAUCUCCUGUUAUCUCUCUAAUGAGGGAGCUCAUCUAUUGUCGUCUGGUACUUUGCCGACUUUACUUUUUGUAUAUCUAUCACCCCAAGAUUCUUAUUUUACAUGUAUAAAAAGUAAUGCUUUCUUGAACAUGCUGUAUUUUAGUGAAACUGAAGAUUCUACUGAUGUAAUGGUUUUAUGGACAGGGUGCCAUUUCAAGUUAUCAAAGUGAGUGAGAUAUAACAUGUAUUAGUUACCUAGUGUUUGAGUGCUGUGAGACAAGGACCUGAAUCUUCAUCUUCAACGUGCGAAUCAUAAGUCACAUCAUCCCUAACCUUACUAUUUCAUAUCUUGCCUAAGUUACCAAUAUGCCACCUCCCAAAACAGGCAGAUCCUGAGGCAAGAGGUUUAGAAGAAACCUACUUGCAGUUUCUGGAGACAUCUGUCCAAUUAAAUAGAUGAGAGAGCCUUCUGGCACUCACUCCCUUUCCAUUAAAUUCAUGCCCCUCCAUGCCCACUAUGUCCACCCACCCACCGCUAUAUAUCCUCACCACAUAAACCCAUUUCAUAAUCUCCAAACCCACUCAUCCAGUAAUCACUAUGUGCAGAACUCGAGCCCUUUAAUAAAAUAGGGAUGUAUUUGCAGUGCUCAUAAAGCUGUCAAAAAAUCUCUGCUUGACAGUUGUCUCAACAGCCCUACUGAGCUGAAGCUAUUAACGUGGUUUGGAGCUCAGCCAAGUAUUCAUUAUGACAAGCCAUUGAAAAUCUGUAAAAUAAAUUCUAAGGUUGAACAUGUUAGAACUCGUACAGCUAUUGAAAGUGCUUAAUCAUCUGUUCAGCCUUUGAAGUUGAGGAGCAGAUGUCUAAGUUUUCAAUCAGAAAGCUUGUGCUUCUGUACCUGCUUAAAGGCGCAGAUAUACUAAUGAUGAGUCAAAGGAGCCUAAGCAUCUGCUCAACCUUAAAAGCAUGGAAACAGAUGUCUGUACAUUUGGUUAAUUAAACAAUUAAAUCACAUUAGACCAUUUGGACAGUCAGAUCUGAUUGUCAGUAUUGCAAAGUGGAAAAGAGCACUUUAUCCACAGCAUCAUGAACUCUAAUGUAUAGAACAUAGAACAUUACAGCACAGUACAGGCCCUUCGGCCCUCGAUGUUGUGCCGACCUGUCAUACCGAUCUCAAGCCCAUCUAACCUACACUAUUCCAUUUACGUCCAUAUGCUUAUCCAAUGACGCCUUAAAUGUACCUAAAGUUGGCGAAUCUACUACCGUUGCAGCAAAGUGUUCCAUUCCCUUACUACUCUCCGAGUAAAGGAACUACCUCUGACAUUUGUCCUAUAUCUUUCACCCCUCAAUUUAAAGCUAUGCCCCCUCGUGCUCGCCGUCACCAUCCUAGGAAAAAGGUUCUCCCUAUCCAACAGCAAUGGACCCAACACCGACCCUUGCAGUACACCACUAGUAACUGGUCUCCAGGAUGAACAUUUCCCAUCAACUACCACCCUCUGUCUUCUUUCAGCAAGCCAAUUUCUGAUCCAAACUGCUAUAUCUCCCACAAUCCCAUUCCUCCGCAUUUUGUACAUUUUAAGGUGGAUCUAGAUAGAUUCUUGGCUAACAAAGGAGUCUAAGGUCAUCUCUAGUAUUGAGGAAUAUGAAGUUGAUGCCAAUAUAGUACAGCUAUGUAUCUGAGGACUUUUCUACUUUCACAGCAAUGGUCAAUUUAAUGGUCACUUACCUUUUAAAAUAUUAAACUUCUAGUAUUGCAUUA